AUGGUAACCUCAGGAAUCGUUCAUCUCUCAGCUGUUGUGUUUGCCGUAUGUGGUGGUCCACAAUUUUAUCAAAAUGUUAGGCAAGGCCAUGAGGAUCCAUCCUAUUUGUCGUCUGCCUUGUGUAUUGCUUACCUAGUAUAUUACUCCGCUCUAAUAGUUUAUGUUUUUGCCAUGUGCUUUGCUGAUCCGCGUGAGCCAACGGAGAAGACACAAGGAUCCGCAGAAUUGAAUAGCUCUUUUCUCAAUCGCCUCACCUUGUGGUGGUUUAACCCAGUCCCUUGGAGAGGUGCCCGUAAAGAUCUUGAGAUUACUAGCGAUACGUUACAGUUUGCGAACCCAUUUUUGUUACACCAGCUCAUCGGCUUCGUUUCCGAUAUGAACUCACCCCUUUGGCUAGGUCUUUCCUACGCAAUACUAAUGUUCGCUGCGUCCGAGGUGCGCUCAUUUGUUUUAAAUUCAUAUUUUUACAUAAUGUUUCGCAUGGGAAUAAAAUUCCAAACCGCUCUGACUGCUGCGGUCUACAAAAAGUCAUUAGAAUUAUCCAAUUCUGCUCGUAGAGACAAAACAGUUGGAGAGAUUGUUAACUUAAUGGCUAUUGAUAUCGAAAGAUUUCAAAUGAUUACUCCUCAAAUCCAACAGUUUUGGAGCUGUCCGUAUCAGAUUACACUAGCAUUAAUAUACUUGUAUUCAACACUUGGUUAUUCCGCUGCUCCAGGAUUCAUAUUAAUGACAAUUGCUCUUCCAUCAAACAUAAUUUGUUCUAUAAUUGUUAAAAAAUGGCAGGUCGAACAGAUGAAACUCAAAGAUCAGAGAACCAAGAUGGUGAACGAAGUCCUCAACGGGAUCAAGGUGGUAAAGUUGUAUGCAUGGGAAAUACCGAUGGAGCAGCACAUUGAUGAAAUAAGGCAAAAAGAAUUGGUGUUAUUACGAAAAUCAUUUCUCGUCAGAAACGUCAUGGAUUCCUUCAACACCGCCAGUCCGUUUCUGGUUGCCCUAUUCUCUUUUGGCACGUAUGUGUUGUCAUCGUCAUCACAUGAGCUCACUCCACAGAUUGCUUUUGUAUCUCUAACUUUGUUCAAUCAACUUCGUUCUCCAAUGACCAUGAUCGCACUGCUUAUUAGUCAAAUCGUACAGGUGCUUGUUUCGAACCGGAGACUCAAGGAGUAUCUUGUGGCUGAAGAGCUCGAUCCUAGCGUGGUAGAUAGAGAACAACGUAAUGGUGAAAGUGCCGUUGAGUUCAAAGACUUCUCGGCAACUUGGACUGACGGAACUGGAUCGCACAAGACCGCCAACACCCUUGAGAAUAUCAAUCUUAGUGCCGAAAGAGGUUCCUUCAUAGCUCUUGUGGGGCAGGUUGGCGCAGGAAAAUCUAGUCUUCUCUCUGCACUUCUAGGAGAGAUGGGAAAGUUACAAGGAAAGAUAGGUCUCCGCGGAAAAGUGGCUUACGUGCCACAACAACCCUGGAUUCAAAAUAUGACAGUUCGUGACAAUAUCCUUUUUGGGAAACCGUUUGAUAAGCGCAAAUACAAUCAAGUGUUGUCCGCCUGCGCUUUGAAACCUGAUCUGAAGGUUCUUGCAAAUGGAGAUUUGACCGAGAUCGGAGAAAAGGGCAUUAAUCUCUCCGGCGGACAGAAAGCUCGAGUGUCGUUGGCAAGGGCGGUUUACCAAGACAGCGACAUAUAUUUGCUUGAUGAUCCGCUGUCUGCCGUAGACGCCCAUGUUGGAAGGCACAUAUUCGAAAAGGUGCUGGGCCCGGAUGGACUUCUGCGAAACAAAACGAGGAUUCUAGUCACCCAUAGGCUAUCCUAUAUCAAGAUCGCAGAUGAAAUUCUGGUUUUGCGAGAUGGCGGAAUCAUCGAAAAUGGUCGGUAUGAUGAACUUAUGAAACAACGAGGUGCAUUCUACAAGUUUGUUGAAGAAUAUAAGUCAAGUUCCGAAAGUGACGAGAACGACGAUAAUGGGAGUGUAGGCGACUCCGCCAGCAUCGAUAUAGAGAAGAGCACAGACGGUUGGAGCAAAUCCGCUACUACCUCACCCUUUACAAUGAAAUCCGGCAAGGGUGAACUGAUCAAGAAGGAAGGGGUUGAGACAGGACAAGUGAAACUUUCUGUAUAUCGGCUUUACAUGAAAGCAGGAACGUACUGGAAAUGUUUUCUGUUCUUCUUCUUUCUUGCUGCUUUCCAAUUGUUCCAGACGUUGCGCAGUUUCUGGCUGUCAGCCUGGUCAGAUGACUAUGACGGGCAACAUGAACGAAAAAUGGCGACAGGUUGGCGUCUGGGCAUCUAUGGGACUUUAGGAACUGUGGAAUCGCUCAGCUUCUUGUCUUCAUUAGUGUUUCUUGCAUUCGCUGGGCUUUCUGCAUCCUACAACCUUCAUUCCCCAUUGCUUCACAAUCUGCUACGAUCUCCUAUGUCAUUUUUCGACACAACGCCCUUAGGAAGAAUUCUCAAUCGUUGCGCAAAGGAUAUUGAAGUGGUCGACAUGUUACUUCCUACGAACUUACGCUACCUUGCCAUGUGUAUACUACAGGUUCUCGUCACACUAAUAGUUAUUGUAAUCUCUACUCCUAUAUUUGCAGUCGUGAUUGUACCACUCAUGGUCAUAUAUUUCUUCUUUCUGCGGUUCUACGUCCCAACUUCUCGCCAGCUCAAACGCCUCGAAAGCACUCAUCGCUCCCCGAUUUACUCUCAGUUUGGAGAAACCAUUCAAGGUGCCGCUUCUAUUCGAGCCUUCAAGAAGGUGGAGCAGUUCCGAUCCGCUUCUGGUGCUAUUGUCGACGCAUUCAUCAGAUGCAAGUACUCUAAUAUUGUAGCAAAUCGUUGGCUUGCAAUACGUCUGGAGUUCAUUGGUAACUUGGUGAUUUUCUUCGCUGCCCUUUUUGCUGUUAUUUCCAAAGAGCUUGGCUGGGUAACUAGUCCUGGUAUUAUUGGUGUCUCGAUCUCCUACGCUUUGAAUAUAACUGAAGUACUCAAUUUUGCCAUUCGUCAAAUAAGUGAGAUUGAAGCGAACAUUGUUGCUGUUGAAAGAAUCGAUGAGUACACCAAUACGCCAACCGAAGCACCUUGGGAAAUCCCGGAGAGGAAGCCGGAACCUGGCUGGCCAUGGCUCGGCGGUGUUAAUUUUGUUGACUAUUCGACCAGGUAUCGUGAAGGGCUCGAUCUUGUUCUUAAAGGAAUUUCAGCUGAUGUAAACGAAGGAGAAAAGAUAGGAAUCGUUGGCCGUACAGGAGCAGGAAAAAGUUCUUUCGCCCUCGCUCUCUUCCGCCUGAUCGAACCCUCUUCUGGCAAAAUUGUCAUUGAUGGUGUCGAUAUCUCGAAAAUUGGCCUUCAUGACUUACGCAGCAAUAUUACAAUUAUUCCUCAGGAUCCCGUGCUGUUCUCCGGCACUCUACGAUUCAAUUUGGAUCCAUUCAGAAGGAACUCGGAUUUUGAAAUAUGGAAAGCUUUAGAAGUGGCUCAUCUGAAGCCCUUCAUCUCUAGCCUACAUGGAGCGCUUGAUUACGAGAUCAGCGAAGGAGGCGAAAACAUCAGUGUUGGACAACGGCAACUAGUAUGUCUGGCACGUGCAGUACUACGAAAUGCCCGGGUACUUGUCCUUGAUGAAGCAACUGCUGCUGUCGAUGUCACAACUGAUUCUUUGAUACAAACGACCAUUCGUCAGGAGUUCACGCAGAGCACUGUCUUCACAAUAGCUCAUCGCCUUAACACUAUCAUGGAAUACGACAGGGUUAUGGUGUUGGAGAAUGGUCGUAUAAUCGAAUUCGAUUCUCCUCAAACCUUGUUGGAGGACCGUGAUUCAGCUUUCGCGAAAAUGGUCCAAGACUCGGUAUCCGAGUCGAAGCGAGCAUAG